AUGGUCCAAAAAUAAGGAGCGACUAUGUCCUUCUCUCAGUUCGGAUACCCCUACAGCACCACUUCACAGUUUUUCGUGCCCGCCAGCCCCAGCACGACCUGCUGCGAGGCUGCCCCCCGCUCCGUGCCGGAUGCCUCCUCGGCGCCGGCCGCCGCCUCCCUCUGCUGCGCCCCGUACGAGAGCCGACUGCUGGCGCCCGGCCGCGCAGAGCUCAAUGCUGCUCUGGGCAUGUACGGGACCCCGUACGCCGCCGGCCAGGGCUACGGCAACUACCUGCCCUACAGCGCCGAGCCCGCCGCGCUCUACACUGCGCUGAAUACCCAGUAUGAGAUCAAGGACAGCACUGGCACGUUGCACUCGGGAAUCGCGCAGCCCGCUGCCUACUACUCGUACGAUCAUUCCUUGGGGCAGUACCAGUACGACAGGUACGGGACUGUGGAUUUCAGUGGUUCGGCCAGACGCAAAAACGCAACGCGAGAGACGACGAGCACUCUCAAAACCUGGUUGUACGAGCACCGCAAAAACCCCUACCCCACCAAAGGAGAGAAGAUCAUGCUGGCCAUCAUCACCAAAAUGACCCUGACUCAAGUGUCCACCUGGUUUGCUAACGCCAGACGGAGGCUCAAGAAAGAAAAUAAAAUGACCUGGUCUCCCAAGAAUAAAGCAGGAGAAGACAGGAAAGAAGAAACCAUACGGGAAGAUGAGGAAUACGGCGCAGAGAACGACGGCAGAGAACAGAAGAGCUGUAAGGAGGACAAGGAGCUGCAGUUCAGUGACCUAGACGACCUGGAAGAGGAGGAGGAGGAAGAGGAGGCGGGGAAGUCGGAGAAGGGCCGGGCUACCUCCCUGCAGGAAGCCCCCAGCCACGGCACGGCACUGCCCGAGGCCCCGCGAAGCGACUGCAACCUGCCCGACCCCUUUCGCGCUUUCCCCUGUGCCAAGGCCCCUGCUGUGGACUUCACCCCCGCCGCUCUGGCCGGCCCGCCGCCGCCUUACGCACCCGCGGAGAAGCCGCGGAUCUGGUCUCUGGCGCGCACCGCUGAGGCCAGCGCGGCGCGCAGGGGCAGCCCCGAGGGCCGCGGGUCGGAGGGAAGCGGCGGCGUAGCAGGGGAGCAGCCCCUGCCAGCCAAGGCCUUUGGGAGCUCCCCUUUCAACCUGCAGCCGCUCCCGCGGAGCUGCGCGUCCCACCGCGGCCUGGGGGAAUCGUGCCAGUAUGCGGCGGCGGGCGAAGGCUUCGGGCGGGGCACCAAGGGCGGCCCAGGAGGCGCUGAGCUGAGCGGGACCUGCUUGGACAGGCUGCGGACGGCGUUCCGGCCGGUGCUGCGGAGGUGA